UGGAGAGAAAAGCUGUUUUGAUUUUUCUUGGAUUUGUUUCCUGUAUUUUUGCAGAAUAUAAUUCUGGCAAUUCAGUCUCAUCGGGAUGCUUAAGAAGUUGUCGAUUGACAGGAAGACAAGAUUGCAGAAGAUUUUGUCAAAGAAUGGUUGAAAAUUCCCGAUUAGAUCACAUUCUGCCAGGAGGUUCAGUAGAUCGUAUUACCCUAGGCGGUAGAAGAGAUAGUAUUAUUCGAGGAAGUUCAUUAGAUCAUAUCAUCCCAGGCAGUUCAGUACACCGUAUUAUUCCAGGCGGUUCGGUACAUAAUCUUAUUCCAGGCGGUUCAGUAGAUCGUAUUACCCUAGGCGGUAAAGGAGAAAGUAUUAUCCGAAGAGGUUCAUUAGAUCGUAUUAUUUCAGGCAGUUCGGUAGACCGUGUUAUUCGAGGAGAUUCAGCACGUCGUAUUAUUCAAGGCAGUUCAUUAGGCCGUAUUGUGCCUGGCGGUUCAGUUGAUGGAAUUUUCCCAAAAGUCUGUGUCGACACUUGUUUUUUAAGGAAACAAUGCAACUUCAAUGAGGAUUGUCAAAACGUAAAUGGAUGUAAUAAAUGUGUUCGAGUUAAUAGCUACACAUAA